UGACAACUUGUCAACAAAUAUCAAAAUAAUAAGGGGAAUACCGUAAUUUUAAUGGACAAAAGAUUAUACAAAUAAAAGAAGAUUUUAUGAUAUUGGUGUUGAAAAGAUAUUAUUUUCAUAGUAGUUAAUGGCACACUAUAGUAAUGGGAAUAGAUUUUUUCGGAGCUAAACUUUUUAUGAUGGAUCCAAGAUUGUCCGUAGAAUUGGUUCUUCCAGAAAAGAAUCCCUUACAUCACAUCAUGGGAGAUUUAUUAGAGUAUUUUGAGGCGCAGAGUCGGAAUCUGGAUGAGAUGUCAGCAUCCUGGUCCAGCCCAAUACCAACUAAUUUUACCUCUGUCAUCAAGUUCAAUGGAGUACCAAUAUUACCUCCUGUGAUGACUGCUAAAAGGAGAGAAGAAAUGUUAACAUACAGACGACAAGCCAUGAGACUAGAAAACAGAAGAAAGUCAAAGCAAAGAGAGAAGCUUGUUGCAAGAGUACAGUCUAUAGUGUCUGAAGUUGAGAAAGAGUUUGCUUUAAAGCGUCGUUCACGGCUUCCUCGAACAGCCAGGAUCUCUCAGCUUAUAGAAAAGCAAAAUAGUAGACUCUCUGAUUCUGUGGAUUCGUCUCCUGUCUCAAGCGGAACUGAUGUUUCUUCCAAGUGGUCACCUGAAAGUGUAAAUUCAUCUAAAUCCCCUGCUGGGAUCUCUAAAACAAACAGUCUUUCUUCAAAUAAAAGAAGUAAAAGUAUGACACAUAUUAACGAUGAAAAAACAGUGACUGUUGAAAAAUCAAAACCAGGGAUUGCAAAAAAUAAGGAACAAAAUAAAGAACAAAAGUCUGUGAACAAAUCUGAAAAAAUGGUCAAAGAACAACGAACUAAAAUUCCAGCUCCUGUUCAUACUACAAAAAGCACACCUCAGAAAGCAAAACCAAAAGCAUCGUCUAAGUCUCAGGGGAAAGCAUUAUCAAAUUUGAAAAAAUCAAGUUCAAUGUCAUCACUGCCAAAUCCUGCAAAAAUCCCAGGCACCCCAUCAUAUCCUGUUCCGAAACCACCUUCUACAAAAAUGACAGAAUUGCAAGCUAGACGUUCAAAUAUGCUAAUGACCGGUAGAAUUUCAUUUUCUAAUCCUGAUCUACGAGACUUUGAUGAUGAUAAUUCUUUAUCAUGUAAAUCUGAAAGUGGAAUUUCCCGAAACACUCGCAGACUGAAAAAGUCUGCUUGGCAACAGGCCAAUCAACAUAGUGCUUCAGACCCAGAUUUAAGUCAUAAUGAAAUAGCUGAAAGUCAGGGCUUUGUUUUGUCACCUGAAGAUCCAAUUUUACAAUCUCCCAAAAUCCAUAAACUCAAAAAGCAGCAUCAAAUAGCAGGAAGCAAUCCUGAAUUAUCGUCAACAAAGUACUCGCCAGAAGUUGAUCCGGAAAAAUUUAGACAGGAAUUUCUUGCUGCAAAAAUGAAAAAGCAGCAGAAAUCAACUGCUACAAAUACUGAGAAGAAAACUUCACCUUCUGAAAACAAACCUCAGACUAAAGAAACAUCAAAAAGGAGGCAGUUACCAGUGGAACCAAAAGUUGAAGAACUUCAGUCACUGAACGACUAUCCGUCUUUGGAUGAUUGUAAUUCUUUACCUCAAGAAUUCAGUGGUUUGCCUUUGACCUCUGUUAAACAGCAGCAGAUAGGUCAAGUUCUUGCCAAUCUUUCUAAACAUCUCAAUUUGCAGGACACAGGUGGAACUCUGAAUUCCACAUCAAGUAGUUCAUCUACAGAAAAUAAUACGAAACAGUCUGUCUAUUCAAAAAGUCCUAGUAAAAAUAAGGAAGAGGAAAAGAAACAAAAAUAUUUCCAUUCACCUACAUUGUCAGAUAAUUCAGGGAAUUCUGGGAAAGAUGGAAUAGAGGCUAGUGUUUCUAGUUUUAACCAGUCUGGUGUGAAUUCUUCAGUGAUAAGCUCUGUUGGUUCAGUGGGAACAAAUCAAAGCAGACGUAUGAGUCCAAAAGGACUGAAAAAUACUGUUCAUUUUUCUUCAUUCGUUACAGAAAUAAGUACUAGUGCUAGUCAAUCUGUUGAGGAUAAAAUUUCUGUGAGGAAAAUGGAUAUUACUCCGUCAAAUAGUGUUGAUUUGACAGGACAUACGGGGUCAGCAAAUUCAUCAGAAGUAUUAAAUCAGGGUCAAAAUGGAAAGCCCGUGCCAAAAAACGUAAACGACCUGGGGUCGUCAGCAGUACCUCAGGUCACUACAUCAACAACACAGUCAUAUAGAAAUAAUUUAUUUCAUGGACAGCCAGGAUCAAUGUUAAGCAAAGUUGCAUUGAGUCCAGAAGAAUCACCAGGUGGCACUCCAAAAACUUUUUUUAAAGACCAGGAAGUGCCAUUCCAUGUUUACACUGCUGAGAUUGACCAUAACACCUCAGACAAGGAAAAUGAAAACAUUUAUCAAAAACAAAUUCCGGCUGAAAUGGAUGAUAAACUGAGCUUACUUGAACGGGAACUGAAUAAAAGUUGUGAUCAGACUUAUGGGAAUGUAUUUAUGCUAACAGGAAAACGUUCUUAUGACUCAGAUGAUAGAUCACAGGGAAGUACUUUGAAAGAAAGUCAGGAAAAUGUUUUGUCAGGAGUUCAGAGGAAUUAUUUCAAAAACGAUAUUUAUUCAGAUGCCAAUAGGACUGAUUUUGAAAAAGUUAUGAAAGUUUCCUCAUCUGUAACAGGAAGCUCUGGUCAUGUGAUGGGAGAUAUUAACCAAUCAAAACAUUUGACUCAUGGAACUUCUUCUGACAAUAAAAACAUUCCUCAGACAGGAAGUCAAAUCUCUCCAAAUGUUGUUCCAAAAAGUUUAGACCGACAUGUAAGGCAUGGAUCAUAUACUCUUGAUCAUCCCUCAGAUGCAUUAUUAAAAGCUAAAUUGAAUCAACAAAGUCCUCAAUAUUCUAGUACCAAUGGAAAUAUUACAAAAAUGAAUAUAGGGCCAGAAAGUAUUGAACCAGUAUCAAUUUCUCAAAAUGAUAUGAGUGUUCCAACAUCUGAAUCAUCAGAACAAAAUGCUAAAGCUGAACAUAUUCAGAGAUAUUUGUCUCAAGUGCAACCGCACCCAGUUGAAGAUGUGCUAGAAAAUAAUCAACAACCCAUUCAGAGCGGCAAUAUGAGCAGACGACAGUAUGACAUUGGGGAAGCUGUACAAUCGUUUACAGAAACUCUUCAAUCAUUUGAAACCUUAACCGAGGAAGAAAUGUUGAAAAUUCAAGCAGAUCAUUUUAAUAAAAUUCGUCAACAUCUUAUUGAGCAACAGAAACAACAGCUGGAAGAACUUUUUGUAACACAAAGACGUGAACAAAUGAAUCUACAGGAAGAAAUUGAAAUGCACCACGAUCAUUUACGUGAACAACAAGAAUUAUUCACAUCAUUUUCUGAACAAAACAACCUUAGUCAAUUUUCUUCUAACAAUCUUCAAAAUACCUCUGUGACUAGCUACAAUGAUUCUUCUCAAAACUUUAUGAACCUUCCACAGACUAAUCCUUCAAACCCGAAUAUUUCAGUGAACAAUCAAUUUCCAAUGAAUGCUGGUAACAGCUUUGCGUCUGCCAGCUCACAACAGCCAUAUGCCAAAGGAAGUGCUGUCAACAAGUUUGUUCCCAAUAGUUACGUUCCUACGAAUACUACAAACAAUUACUUUCCGCAAAGUUCAGCCAAUGGCUAUGUUCCUACAACUUCUGGAAACAGAUACCUUCCAAAUGAGUCUGUGUUGUCUGAAAUUCCAGGGAACGUUAGUCAACCUGUUUAUUCUCAGCAAAUGCCUGCCAACUAUCCUACACAACAGAAACCAUUCUCUUAUAUAUCUAGUCCAAGUUUGUAUUUUAAUCCAAGGGAUCGAGAUAAUGAAUCAGAUAUCAGCACGUUCAGCAGAGGGACGCCUAAACAGUCUUUAAAGUUUAACCACUCGACGCCAUCACCUAAAACCUAUAAACCAGUAUUGCACUCUCCUGUAAAGGAGGUUCAGCAUGCCUGGACAAGUUCUACGAUGGUAUACCCAGAGUCCGCAUUUGAUCCCAGAUUACAGCACUGUUUUGACAGAGUGUCAGCUUGUGUCAAAGGAUACUUAACUCGUCGUCUGCUAGUCACAGAGAAAGUUCAGGAAGUUGUCAAGACCAUUAGCGAUACCAAAUGUUUUGCAAGAAGCUUUCAAGCUGAAACUCCCAUUAAGAAAGGUCAAGUCAACAAUCAAGAUAGAGAUCUGCUGGACAGAAUUAUUGCACAGCUGCAGGCAGCUUUGUUAGAUGUACAUGAGAUAUUUUUUGACAUACCAGUUUGGGAGAGGAUGCAGAUAAUAGAUCAUGAUAGACAGCUGAGGGGAGAGAGACGUCUCAGAGAAAGUGGUGCUACUACCAGAUCAAGUGUAUCCUCAUCACAACCAAGGAUCAGUUCUGCCACACUGAAGGCAAUGGAAAGAAAAAGAAAAGCACAAGAGGCUGAAUCAGCUGUGUUUGGUGACAUCAGACCAAGGUCUGCACCUCAUGUUGAUGAAAGAUGUCAGAGAGAAAGUACAGAUUUAAGUGGACCUUUGAGAAGACACUUCCAAUUUCUUUUAUCCAGGGCUCUGCAACCAUCUCAUAUUACACACAGUCAUAACACAUCACAGAGUGGCAAUACCACGGCAAGAAUGAAAACUCGUCCAAAAACAGCACCAAGUCAGCCAGUCCAACAUCAGCAUCCAGUACACCAAGCAACUAAUCCUUCCAAUCAGCAGACAGCAGCUACAGCAGCAACUAAAACAAGGAAAACAGCUAGUACAGUUUUAGCUAGAUACAGAAAAAAUGAGCAAAAUCAUCAACUACAUCAGCAGCAUCAGUUGCCCCAAAGAAGAAAAAGUCUGGGAAAGCCUGGAGAUGAUGAAAAGUUUGUAGGGAGCAGAGGACAAGUCCAAUUACAUCGUGCAGUAUGUGAAAAACUGAUGGGGAACAGAGCAAAGGGCAGCAGGCAGAAAACCAGUGAAGUUUGAGUUCAGCAGAUGUCAACCAAGUGCAUCAUGGGAUAUCUGAAGCCAUUAAAAUUUGUCAUAUUUAUGAAUUGAUCUCAGUUUCUGGAAGGUUGAAAAUGUGAAUCUCAUUUUGUAUCAUGCCAUGUAUUCAAGAUAGAGAUGAUGUUUGUAAAUGAGUUUCAAAACUUGUUUCAUAUCUAUUUGAAAAGCUGUAAACAAAUGCAUUUAAAGUUUUAUAUUAUAUGUCUAUUGCAAUCUUUAAAUUUAUGGAUAUUGAACAAAUUUAUCUGGAUUUCAUAAUUCACUAAAACCUCAAAAUUUAAUACUCAAUGAAAGGCAUAUAUACCAUAGAUUUAUAAUGAGUUUUAAUAGUUCAAUGCCAUAGAUUCAUCCAUAUUUUUCAUAAACCAUGAAGAAAUUAUUGUUUUUCCACAAACCAUGAAAGUAGAAGGUCCGGUAAGAGCUAAUUUUGGCCCUAAAAUUUGAAGUACAUCCGAUGUAAGAUUUUUUACUUUUUUUAAACACUUAAGUGUCUACUUCAGUUGAUUCAAUUAGUUUAUGUAAAAGAUUUGAACUGAUUUGGUCAUAAAUGACGCUCAAAUUGAAGCUUAAAUAUGAAAAAUCUAUCAAAUAUGCCAUAAAACGUAACCUUUCAGAUGGUUUUUGUCUAAAAUGUAAUUGGCCGCAUUCGUGUUCAGUCUCAACCUUUAUAUAUGUUAUGUAUUAUCAUCAAAUACAAGAUAUAUUUAAAUAUUAAGACUGAACACAAGUGCGGCCACUUCCAUUUUAGACAAAAACCAUCUUAAAAUUAGCACAAAUGCUAAAAUUGUGAAUAUUUCAGUAAUUUUGCAUGAAUUAAUGAUGAUAGUACCUGAUGCAUGUGCAUUGUAUUGUCAAAAGCAGCCCAUAUUUAUGUAACAAAAGUAUUCUACUUUCCAAUAAAUAGCUAAAAGUUUACAUUUUUAACAAUCUGUAAAAAUGCUAUAUUUUGGGACCAAAAGGGGGUCUUACUGGGCCUACCCCUUUAGCAAAUUAUUGUUUUUUUAACAAACCAUUGAAGUUGAGCAGAUUAUGGCUUUUUCUACAAACCAUAAAACUUGGAAGAAGCUACCAGAAAUACAAAUAAUUAAUAUAUUUCUAUGCGUUUAAAAAAAAAAUUAUGUUACAUUUUAUCAUUUCACUAUUUGAAGAGCGAUACACAUAAAAACCUUGAAUUUCUAUGUAAAAUUUGGUUUGAUUUAACUGAUGAUGACUGAAGAUUGUUAAUUGGGGCAAAAAUAGUUUCUCCAUCAUAAAAAAAAUACCCCACUUCUUUUACCUGAAAUAGAACAAAACAACAAAGUUAAAAUCCACUUGCCAUGUUUUGUUUGAGGAAUGCUCUAAAGAAUAAAUAUAUGAUCCCUUCAUCUUCAUCAAAGAUCAGGUCAUUUUCUUACACCUUGUACUCACACAAAAUGUCAACAUCCAAUAUUGAAGAUCAUUUCAGAAAAACAGAGAUAUUUUGUUACAUUGAUAUAAAGUUUAAUUGUGCACAGUGUUGUGUUAUGAACCAUAUUUUGUUAUGUUUUAUUUUUAUGAUUUGUUAUUUUUAUAUGUAAGUCAUUCUUUGUUGCCAAACAGAUAAAAUAUCUGUGAUUAUGAAUAAACAAGGUAUUAUUCUU